UGUCUUCAGCUGAUCCAAUUUGUUAUCAAAUUAGGAAGAUGGACAAAGGUGCACUUUCAGCUAUACUUUUCUUCAUUAUACCACUGUACAUGCCCAAAAUUGUUGCUGCUGAAGAUUGUCUCUUUCUUUUUUGUUCAAAUGAUUUCCAAAAUUACACACAGAACAGCCCAUUUGAAAACAACCUCAGGCACCUUCUUGGGUUAUUGCCUUCCAGAACUUCAGUAACAGGUUUCAACAGCACCUCUUUUGGAGAUACUAACAAAGUCUAUGGUGAAGCACUUUGUAGAGGGGAUAUCAACUCCACAGCUUGUAAAACUUGUAUUGAGACUGCUAGCAAAGAAAUCUUGCAGUGCAAGAACGAAGAAGUGGUAAUAUAUCUAGAACUUUGUCAAGUUCGCUAUUCCUACCAGCCAUUCCCAAUUAUGGUUUAUGCUGGGAAGUAUCCUGACAGGAAUAACAGGGAGAAAACUAUAUCAAAUGAGGACCCGGUUCAUUUUAAUAAGGUUUUGAAGCAUUUAAUGGAUCUCCUUUCAAAUGAGGCAGCGCUCAAUCCUUCUAAUAAGCGCAUGUUUGCAACUGGGGAAAUUCAAUUUUCUAAGAACAGAACAAUUUAUGGUUUAGUACAGUGUACUAGGGACAUUUCUGAUGUAUUCUGUUCUAAUUGUCUGGAAUCUGCUAUAGGCGAUUUGAAGGCUUGCUGCUAUUCUCGUGAAGGUGGAAUUGUUGUUAGUAGGAAUUGUAAUGUGAGGUAUCAGCUGUACAGAUUCUAUAGUUCCUCGAGCGUUCUAGUAACUUACCCAAGUUCCAAAGGGAAAAAACUGAAAAUUUGGAUGGUUGGAAUGUUUACAUGUAUAUCAAUACUAGUGGUUCUACUUGGUUCUUGUGCUGUUUGUUGCCGAUUGAAAAAGGGAACAAAACAAGAUGAGGAGAGAAGCCAGCAUGCAUUAUUGCACGAGUUAGCAAGCCCCACUGCAGUUGCAGUCACACGAGAAGGUGAAUUGGUGAUCUCUGAGGAACUACCUUUUAUCGAUCUAGCUACAAUUAGAUCAGCUACAGAUGAAUUUUCAGACUCAAACAAGCUUGGGCAAGGUAGAUUUGGCACCGUGUACAAGGGUACGCUACCAGAUGGGAAGGAAGUGGCAGUGAAAAGUCUGUCGAGAAAGUCAUGGCAAGGCUUAGAGGAAUUUAAGAAUGAAAUCAUGCUAAUUGCUAAACUUCAACACAGGAAUCUUGUGAAGCUAUUGGGAUGUGGCAUAGAGGGAGAGGAAAAGGUCCUCAUAUAUGAAUACAUGCCCAACAGAAGUCUUGAUAUCUUUAUUUUUGAUUCAAAAAGAAGCUUGCAACUUGAUUGGGAGACAUGCUAUAACAUUAUUGGUGGGAUUGCUAGAGGACUGCUAUAUCUUCAUGAGGACUCCCGACUUAAAAUCGUUCAUAGGGACUUGAAACCUAGCAAUAUUUUGUUGGACCAUGACAUGAUUGCCAAAAUAUCAGAUUUUGGCAUGGCAAGGAUCUUUUGUGAAAACCAGAAUACAGCUAACACAAGAAGAGUUGUAGGAACAUAUGGAUACAUGGCUCCAGAGUAUGCAAUGGAGGGACUAUUCUCUAUAAAGUCAGAUGUUUUCAGCUUUGGUGUGAUCUUGCUUGAGAUUAUUAGCAGGAAAAGGAAUAACCACUUUUACCUUACACAGCAUGCCUCAACACUCCUUGCAUAUGCAUGGAGACUAUGGAAUGAAGGAAAAGAUUUGGAAAUUGUGGACCCUUCGUUGAUGGAAUCAUGCCGGACAUCUGAAGUCCAAAGAUGCAUUCAAAUCGGACUUUUGUGUGUGCAAGAAGAUCCUACAGACAGGCCUACCAUGUCCACUGUGGUGGCUCUUCUAGCAAGUGAAUCAAUGGAACUUUCACCACCAAGACAACCUGCACUUACUGUUGGUAAUGUGGUUCCAAGUGGUCUAUCUUCAACAGCUCCUUCUGUAAAUGAACUUACUAUUUCUAUUAUUUCACCACGAUGAAGAAUGAGCUUGAGUUUGU